AUGUUCCGCUCCGCCAUUGCUCGUUCCUUGAAGGCUUCCGCCCCCCGUGUCAUCAAGACUCCGGCUCCCUUCCACAUCCGCAGCUCCCCCAUUGCUGCUAAGGUCCCUCAAUUCACUCCCUGCUUCGUUCAGGGUGUCCGUCUCUACUCUGCCCCUGCCGGUCUGAGCAAGAGCGAGGCCGAGGGCCGCAUAGUCAACCUGCUCAAGAACUUCGACAAGGUCUCCGAUGCCAGCAAGAUUAACGGCGCUUCCCACUUCUCGAACGACCUUGGUCUGGACAGCCUGGACACCGUCGAGGUCGUGAUGGCCAUUGAGGAGGAGUUCAGCAUUGAGAUCCCCGACAAGGAGGCCGACCAGAUCCACAGUGUUGAGAAGGCUGUCGAGUACAUCAUGGCCCAGCCCGAUGCCCACUAA